AUGGACAAGCUUUCCGGUCUAGCCUCCAAACUCACCGGCAAACACAAGGACGAGUCAACAGGUGGUGGCGAGUCCGGAGGCAGCGGUAGCAACAACCAGAAGGACUAUCUUGAUAACGCCGUGGAUUCUGCCGAGAGAAAGUUUGGUGGCGGCAAGAUCGACCCUGAUAAGAUGCGCGAUACCAACGAAAAGAUCACGGACACCGCACGCGAGAGGUUCGAGGGUGCUACAGGAAAGAAAGUACCAGAGAAGUUUUCCAAUUAG